AUGUUCCACUCCAACGUCGGAAUUCUCCUCGUCACGGCCCUUGCGGUUGGAAACGUCAACGCCUUCACCUGGACGCGUUGCAAGAACGCCGAACAGUGCGUUCAGGGAGACAUGCCCAACCGCAACUUCGGGUCCACUGCCGGAUCGAGAAACUGGGGGGGAUGGUACGUCCCGACUUACGACUCUUGCAGCGGCUUCGCGUACGACCAGAAGGAUGGAUACUGGUACUCGCACGAGAAGGACGGGCUGCUUGUCUCGCCGGCCGGAUACCUGCGGACCGCCCACGACUGCAAUUUGAUCGUCGUCAGAAGCAAGAACAGCGAAACCGGUAGCACUGCCUGGUGGAAACACCGCGGAGGCGACUGCUGCCUUCCUGACGAGGUUGGAACGGGCAUUGAUAACGUUUUUGCGUUCUACACUGGUGAUCAGUAG